CCCAUGCUCCUGCGAAUAAACUUAACCACAAAAAUUCCGUAAGAGCCGAAAGUCAUCAAUUAGGUAUUCUGCAUCUAUGCUGUAGGUGUCGUAAAAAGCCCUCAAAUAAUCGCAACUAUGAACAGUUCACGCUUACUCAUUUGCACCUCUAAAAGGUUCCUCUGGCGGAACGUUUCGCGAUGUGUGCCUUUAAGUUCAGCAGAUGCUGCAGCAGCCUCACCUGCAUCUCCAGUUGUUACCCUAACAAUCCCUCCUCCUUCAAAUGUAGAUAAACCAGUAUCUCCAAAAAUAGAGAAAUUGGUUACUGAAAUUUCACAAUUGAAUCUCCUGGAGGUUUCUGAGCUGUCUGGAGUAUUAAAAAAGAGACUAAACCUACCUGAUGCUCCAAUGGCUAUGAUGGGAGCCAUGCCAGUAGGAAAUGCAGUUGCUGGUGAUGAUGAUGAAGAGGCAGCACCACAGAAAGUCAAGUCUUCCUUCACAGUCAAACUAACCAAGUUUGAUGAGAAACAGAAGGUUGCACUAAUCAAGGAGAUUAAGAGCUUGAUGGAGGGAAUGAACUUAGUACAGGCAAAGAAGUUUGUGGAGAGUGCACCAGCUGUUGUUAAGGCUGAUAUUGCAAAAGAUGAAGCUGAAAAAUUAAAAGAAGCUUUGAUUAAAGUUGGUGCUGAGAUAGAAAUUGAAUAAAGUAAUAACUAGAAUAUUAAUUUGUACUAUGUACCAUUUCUGUAGUUUAAAUUGUGAUUUUGUAAUAAACUUAUAAAAUAAAUGCGUGUGUCUUACGCUAAACCACGAAAAA